AGAAACCUCGGCCUCCUCUCAUCGUUCCAAAGCCGUCGCCUUCUUGUAUGACUUGUACGUUGCCGCUCUCUUUCUCUCUCCAUUUUCAUGCCACACCCUCUCUCUCUCUCUCUCUCUCUCUCUCUCUCUCAUCCAAAUCACCCAAAAUCUAGCUCUUCUCCCCCUAAUCUCUAGGGCAUAUCAGCCUCUUCCCUCUGCUACACCAACCUCAACAACAGGAUCACAAUUAAUUCAAAUAUCUUCACAAUUUGAUCAAAUUGAAAUUUAGGGUUUCGAUUUUGUUACAGUGUUCAUGUAGCGGUACUCAACCCCUGUGGACCUUUGCAUUUUGUGGGCUUCGGGUUUGAGCCCUUGCGUUUUGUCGAAUUUAGUGGCAAUGGAAGAUGGUAGUGAUGGAGGGUUUGAAGGGAGACAGAUUAAAGUUUAUCAUUACAUACCCAAAUUGAUUGCCGGCGCACUCUCUGGAGCUCUGACCGGAAUCUUCGCUCUCGCUGGGGCUUUCACAGGAUCUAUCACUGGUGCUUUAGCAGGUAGGGCUUCUGAUAGUGGUGUCCUCCGGGGAGCUGGACUAGGUGCCAUUGCUGGGGCUGUUCUCUCUGUAGAAGUUUUGGAGGCGUCGCGUGCUUACUGGUGUUCUGAACGCUCAGGCAUGCGGAGUUCAUCAUCCAUGGCAGAUUUCAUAGAGGAGCUUCUCCGUGGUAGAUUCGUAGAGGAACAAUUUCCACCAGCAAUUUUAACAGCUUACCAUUGGCAGGUGAGUAUUGCCGACAUAGGCUAUGAUGAGUUAUAUGAUGCCACUGGUGAAGUCCCAUGCAGGGGGUUGUCUGGAGAAUCAUUGAAAAAAUUACCAUGCCAUAUUAUCUUGGAUGAAGUGGCAGCAGCACAAAGCAUAUGCUGCACAAUAUGUUUGCAGGAUAUUGAAGGUGGGGAGAUUGCAAGGAGCUUGCCCCGAUGCCAGCACACAUUCCACUUGAGUUGUGUGGACAAGUGGCUCAUCCGACAUGGCUCAUGCCCUGUAUGCAGACAAGACGUGUAAAUUGCGUGUAAGCUAUAGUUGUACAGAAAGAGAGAGGAAAAAAAAAAAAAAAAGGCCGUUGAGAUUAAGACCCUUUGCCCUUGUAUUUAUAAUUUAUAUGUAUUUUGUUGUAGCAUCUAGUGUUUCCAAAGCAAAUUAUCAUGGUGGAGAUCUAUGCCUUGAAAGGCAAUCAUCAAUAAGAACAAAUUUAUCAACCAACAGGGCAUGACAGCUUCUGAGCACCCGCUGUGUGAGGCAAUUGGGGAACUUUGUUGUAUCAUAAUGUAUUAUAAAAUAAUCUUUUGAAAUAUAUCUUUUCUUGCACAGUCCAAUAUGUAGCUUAUGAUUUGAAUAAUGGUAAUGGAUGCUUAUAUUUA